CCGAGGAGCCGCCGGUGCGCACUGGCUCACCUGGAUCUGAGGAGCGGAGGCGAGCAGCCCGACACAGGGCCGUAGCAUGGGGUGAUGAGGACGCUCCUCUGCUGACCUCAGUGCAGAUGACUAGUGAUGGCCACAGCAUCACCUCGACAUUUGUUGGAUGACAUAAUAAACCCAGAACAACAACAACAAGACCAACAGGAGCAGGAGGAGUUCUUGAACUCGGUGGAGACGGUCGUUCUCACCAUCUUCCUCUCCAUCAUCAUUAUCAUGACGGUCUUUGGGAACCUGCUGGUCAUGGUGGCGCUCUGCAAGGACAGACAUCUACGAAAGAAAAAGACCAACUACUUCAUCGUGUCGCUGGCCUUCGCCGACUUGCUGGUGGCGCUGGUCGUGAUGCCGUUCGCUGCCAUCGAGCUGACGACCGGCCGGUGGCGUUACGGAGAGAUCUUCUGCCUGGUGCGGACGUCUCUGGACGUCUUGUUGACCACGGCGUCCAUCCUGCACCUCUGCUGCAUCGCACUGGACAGGUACUACGCUAUCUGCUGCCAGCCGCUGGUCUACAGACACAAGAUGACCCCACUGAGAGUGGCGGUCAUGCUCAGCGGCUGCUGGCUCAUCCCCACCUUCAUCUCCUUCCUACCCAUCAUGCAAAGCUGGAACGCCAUCGGGAUCGAGGACAUUAUUGAGGAGAGGCGAGCGCUGACCGGAGGCUCUAAUGACACAAGCUGUGUGUUUCUGGUCAACCGGCCUUACGCCCUCAUCUGCUCCGCCGUGGCCUUCUACGUCCCGUUGGCCCUCAUGGUUCUGGCCUACCAGCGGAUCUAUGUCACCGCCAUGACCCACGUACGGCAGAUAGAGACGCUUCACCGCGCCGGUUCUGCUCCUCAGGCGCCCGCGACCAAUAGCCGGAUGCGCAUCGAGACUAAAGCAGCCAAGACGCUGGCGGUCAUAAUGGGCUGUUUCUGCCUGUGCUGGGCGCCGUUCUUCAUCACCAACGUGGUGGACCCCUUCAUCCACUACUCAGUACCCUGGCAGCUGUGGACAGCCUGGCUGUGGCUCGGGUACAUUAACUCAGGGCUGAACCCUUUCCUGUACGCCUUUCUGAACCGGGCUUUCCGGAGGGCGUUUCUGGUGAUUCUCUGCUGUGGGGAUGAGCGCUACUCGCGGCAGGGGAGCUGCUCCUAUGGACACACUCACAGAGCAUGCUCAGCAGCGUCGGUCAACGGGACGUCCAUGGCACCGAGGUAAACACACUGCAAAGGCACAUUC